AUGUGUCUCCUCCUGGGGGCCACCGGGGUGGGGAAGUCGCUGUUGGUGAAACGCCUGCAGAAGUUGAGUUCCCGGGAUGGGAAGGGCGACCUGGGCGAUCCGCCCCCAACGCGGCCCACGGUGGGUACCAAUUUAACGGACAUUGUGGCUCAAAAAAAGAUCACCAUCCGAGAGCUGGGGGGCUGCAUGGGCCCCAUCUGGUCCAGUUACUAUGGAAACUGUCAUUCUCUCCUGUUCAUGGUGGAUGCCUCUAACCCCACCCAGCUCUCGGCAUCCUGUGUGCAGCUCCUGGGUCUCCUAUCGGCAGAAGAACUUGCAAAUGCAUCAGUUCUGAUUCUCUUCAAUAAAAUUGACCUGCCCUGUUACAUGACCAUAGAAGAGAUGAAGUCAUUAAUCAGGCUCCCGGACCUCAUUGCUUGCGCCAAGCAGAACAUCACCACCUUAGAAAUCAGUGCCUGGAAAGGCACUGGCUUGUCAGACGUGCUGCGCUGGCUCCAGGACACCCACAGAACCAAUGGUUGACUGCAGGGUGGAGAAGCAUGGCCAGCCUGCUCUGUGACAAGAAGGCAGAGGCGGUACUGCUUGGCCAUCGGCUGUCUGUUGCUUUUUAUAAAAGCAGGCUAAGCGCUGGAAGACGGGGUUCUGUGCUGAGUUGCAGUGAUGGAUAAACUGUCACCCAGGUUACAGAAACUCCUGAUAUCUGCCCUCUGGCUCCAGGAUUGGGAGAGGAGGACAGGCCUGCCAGGUGGCUUGUGUCCUGUACCAUCCUGGGAUGGUUUUAGGGGAAUUGUUCCCCUCUCCCCAGGAGAUCUGCUUUCCAACCUGUAAAGUUUCUGGUACCUUAACGGUGGGAUACCCCACAGACAGCGUCAGGUACAUGAGUCAGUGUGGUAGGAAAAACCAGGCUUUGGGUUAGAAACAGUAAACCUUUACUACCCAGAGGUGCCUCCGUGGUCAGGGAUCCUGCAGGUAGGCCAGGGUGGAGAAAGGCUCUCAUGGAGUAUGGGAGGUGCUGGUGAGCUCAUGGCCAGACCCUCAGGCCACAGUUCCCCCAUGGCCCGCUGUGUUCUCAGCUACGAGAGCUUGCAGGAAACACCUACAUCUAUUGCUGGUGCAUUUGUGUCCUAGGGCCCCUGUAAUGAAUCACCAUAAACGGUGGCUUGUAGCAACAUAAACUUAACAGUCAUAGGACUGGAAGCCAGAAGUCUGAAACUGAGGUAUCAGCAGGGGUGAUCCUUUUGGAGACUCCAACGGAGAAUCCAUUCCUUGCUGUGGUUGCUGCAUGGUGUCCUUGGCUUGUGGCUUGCAGGACUUGAAUCCCUGACUCUUGUCUUUUUUUUUUUUUGGUUGUGCUGGGUCUUUGUUGGUGCCUGAGGGCUUUCUCUAGUUGCAGAGAGCUGGGGCUACUCUGCCUUGCAGCACAUGGGCUUCCGGUUGCGGGCUUCCCUGGUGGCUCAGACGGUAAAGAAUCUGCCUGUAAUACAGGAGACUCGGGCUCAAUCCCCGAGUUGGGAAGAUCCCCUGGAGAAGGGAAUGGCAACCCACUCCAGUAUUCUUCCCUAGAGAAUUACAUGGACAGAGGAGCCCGGGGGCUACAGUCCAUCGGGUGCAAAGAGUUGGACACGACUGAGUGACUAUUACUUGACUUUUCUCUUGUUGUGGAGCACGGGGUCUAGGGUGCAGGUUUCUAGGGCAUAGUUGUUGCACUCAGGCUUAGUUGCUCCACAGCAUGUGGCAUCUUCCCAGACCAGGGAUUGAAUCCAUGUUCCCCACACAGGCAGGCAGAGCCUUACCCACUGUACCACCAGGGACAUUCUCUGCCUCUGUCUUCACAUGAUCUUUUCUUCUUAUGAGGACGAAACAGUGGUAAAGAAUCAGACUGCCAAUGCAGGAAUUGCAAGAGACACAGGUUUGAUCCCUGGGUCAGGACGAUCCCCUGGAGUAGGAAAUGGCAACCCACUCCAGUAUUGUUGCCUGGGAAAGUCUAUGGACAGAGGAGGCUGGCAGGAUACAGCCCAUGGGGUCGCAAAGAGUCAACACAACUGAGCAGCUGAGCACAAACAAGGGCCCACCUUAAUCCAGAUUGAGCUCAUCUCAAAAUCCACAGUCACAUGUACAAAGAUUGUUUUUCCAAAUCAGGUCCUCUGUGUAGGUUCUGGAGGUUACAACUUGGGCAUACCUUUGGGGCUGCUAUUAAACCUGCUGCAGUCUGGUAAGAAAUCCUCUGCUUCUGAGUGUGGUUGUGAGUUUCCUACAAUACCUUCCCCUGUCUCAGCUGGUGGUCUAGCUCACUGGGUUCCAAGGGCCUUUGGAAGGCCUGCAUGGCCUCCUUUAGCCUUGUGGGGACCCAGGGCUCCAACACCCUGGGGUUUCUCUAGGGCAAGAACAGUUCACACUGGCCUGCCUUGGCCACCCCUUUGGUUGUGCUUUGGCCUCACCCACUCUGAUCCCAGGGCCAGAUGUCCAGGCCCAGAGGGGCCAGGCAGGGGUCUCACUACACACUCCAGAAGAGUGGGCUGAGGGGUCUGGGCUCCAAGUUGACCUACAUCCUCAGCCUGCUUCAGUUUCCCCAAUUGCUCUGAGAAACAGCUCUCAGAUGGAGUAAAUACACUCUGUGAAGAGGCCCUGGGGUUGGGCAAGCCAUCCUGAAGAAUCUUAAAGACAGCCUUCCCGAGACUUGGAGGAGAGAAUAGCUGGUUUUUGGAGGGAGCCACUGGCUGGCUGGGUCGGUCUAAGGCCGUCGAAGAGUGCUUUGCAGUGUUUGUAACGCCUGAACAUGGCCGCGGUAGAGGUUUGGAGCCCCACUGGGGACCAUCUGUGACUGUGACCCAGGAAAGCAUGCUGGCUGUGCAGAACGCAUCUUCCCUUCUGAGAUGGAGCAAGGUUCUGAGCUGUUCUGCUGUCUGGAACCUGAGAAUCUGGUGAGGGGCUGGUCAUUCUCCCUGGACAAUGUGCCACCUGUGCACACUCCCCACUCGCCCAGAUUGCAGGGUGAGCUUCUGAAUGCUGCGGUCCCACUAGGCCCCGACACCACCCCAAGGUUGGCCAUCGGAGGAGCCCAUCCAUUCUGUGUUCUCCCCACUCUGCUUUCUCAGAAUCACCUACAGAACUCGUCGACACAAUGGACCCUGGACCCCCAGAGUCCAUGUGGAUGCCACAGGGCUCCCUGAAGUCAGUACUGAGUUCUCAAAAGUGCUGAUGCUGCCCUCUGGUGUCCUCAUUC